AGCUAGUAGUGGAUUUUGAAGAACGCACUUCAUUCUACAAAACAAGACACUUUCCAGGAUUCUACAAUAUUCUUUCCGAAUAUUAUAGGAUAGACGAAAAGAGAAAAAACGGUAACGCACAGAGAUUCCGGUAGCAGAGUUACGCGUUUUGCAUGUCUGUAUUAAUGACAUAUCCGACUAACAUCAAAAUAGGUAAGAAAUGCACGAUGGCCGAUGUAUGAUUGAUAGAGUAUUGUCAUCUUACUUUCUUUCUUAUGUUUCUUAAAAAAAGAACAAUACUAUGUCAAAUAUUGAACUGUCAUCGAGUUUUUAAUUAGUCAUUUCAUCAUUUCCAAACGUCUACACAAAUAGAGAUAGCACGAUAGGAAAAACUAUACGUUCUAUCUAAUAUUUUACCGUAUAGAAUUGUGCGCUUUUAACACAAAAAUGAGUUCGUUUUUCUUAAUUUAUCUAUAGAAUUAUUACUUUGUCUUUCACAGAUCACAGAUCAUCUUUUAUAUUUUACAAUUUCUAUUUAUUUGAUUUAUAAAUUUUUCUUUUUCCUUUUUAAUCUUUCAUACACACAAUGAUCUUUAUAAAAAAACACACCAAGAGUGAAAAUCUAUAGUUAUUUAGCUAAAUGAGUUUAUUUUAUGAACGUGUUAUAAAACGUGUUACAGAACGUAACUUUUUCUGCAAGAAUUAUUUUCUUUGAACUAUUUCUUGUUGAUUAUCAUAAUUAGAUUAUCAGAGAAAGGAUACUAAUUUUUUUGAGUACUAAAUUCAAACCAUAUGAUGAUGUAGGCGCUUGUACUAAUACUUUUACACAGUAUAAAAAUAAAAAAAAAUUUAUCCUACUUUUAUUUUUCGACAUUCUUUUCCUCUACGUUAGAUUGUUGAUCAGAAACAUAUUUUAUUGGUUCUCUUGAAUAAAUUAAAUGAAAUCCCAGUCCUAUCAAAUAUCUGUCUGAUUAAAUAUUCCAUAUCAAUAGGACACAUACAAGAUUUCAUCAGCUGAAUGAAUUAGCUGAACACAAUGCUACAAUAACGGAACACCUUCAUAUAUUAACUAUCAACAAAAACAAUAGAUAUUUAAUCAAAAUGACGGUAUGAUGUGAACUUGAAGGACUUGAUGAUGAUGAUGAUAAUAAUAAUGACUACAAUAAAAAAUAGGGUUAAAAUUGUGUGCAAUGUAGACAAUGACUAUCGGGUUUUGUGAAGUGGCUGGCUGUAAACCCAUUGAAUUCACUAUAUUUUGACAAAUUAUUUAACAUUAUUUCUAAUUUUGAUUAAAUUUAUGAUAAAUAAAGCUUAAUUAAAAAGAAUGUAUUUUUUCUUAAUCUAUAAUUAUGUUAGUAAUGUAUUUUCAUUUGUUAACACAUCAUCAUAAAAACACUGUACAACAGUUAUUUCUAAAAAUGAAUACAUAUAAACGUAAAUUAAUAACGUGGCUUACAUAGCCAUCAACCAGAGAAACAAAAAGAGUUGCAUUUGUCUAAUUAUUUAUUUUCUGCUAUGUAGAAUAAAAAUAGAUUAUUAACAUUAAUAAUUGAAUAAAGUGGAGCAGAGAUUGAAUGUUAAACGCUGCUGUCUUGAUAAUUUACAUACAAUUUAUUCAAGUCAUAUACCGACAAUAUUCCUCAAUAGAUUUUGAGUUGUGUCAAUCUGAGUGUCAGUUCCUUUCAUCAAUCUCGUUCUUCGAGUUAACCAGUAAAUAUGAGAAACAAAGUUGCUAAAAAUGCAAACUUUUUUUUUCUUCAUGAUGGGCAUAUGGCACGGCACCAUUAAUUCACAAUCAAUCUGAUUGAAAGACUAAUCUACGAUGCAAAAGUAUUGAACAAAUGUUGAACAUUAUUUCUAGAUAUUUUCGAAUUUCUGAACUUCAAAAAACAUGGAAAACAAAAUUUUUUUUAUGGUUAAGGUUGAGUGAGAAAAAACUUAAAUAUCAAACGUCACCAAAAAGCUCUUAUAACUCUCACUCUCUCUUCAAAUCUCUCUCUCUCUCAUCAGAUGUAUUUUUUUUUUUCAAUAAUAGAAUACGUUUCAAAUUAUGUAACUAUAAGAACUCGAAGUGUUUUUAUCGCUUUUUCAAAUGCGGUAUUGUAUUACGGUAAUGAAUUACUUUUUGAUCUAUUUUUCAAUCAAAAAUUGUCAACGUUUUUCAUUAGUUUCGAAAAAAACACAAUUAAUUAGAUUUAAUAAUAUUGAUCGAACUGUGUUCUUUUUCUAAAACACAUUUUCUGAAAAGACAUUUCAUACUCUACAAACAAAUAUUAGCUCUAGUCUUUACUAAAAUCAUUCGUGCCUUGAAUAAACUGCUUUUCUCGAUAUUUUAUCUUUCUGAUGCUUUUUACCAAAAUUGUGUUUUAUAUACGUUUUCUUUUCUAUAAAGGAAUUAAUUAGAGAUUUUCAGUUUAGAGUCAAAGCAAAAAAACACAUUUUUUUUAGAGCUACCUUAACCUAGGUUAAAAGGAACAUUGACCUAGCUUCAAAAAACAAAAUAUUUUUUGUUUGAAAAAGAUCAAUAGAGUUUUGUACGAAUUAUAUUGUCAUCUAUAAUUACUUUCAAAAGAGCUUUUUUCUCCAGUUAGUAGCGGAAAUAAAAUAAAGAAAAAAAAGAACGUUUUCAAAUCCUUAAUCACAAAAAAUUUAGUUUUCUAUUCUAUUUGAAGUUUAGACUUUGAUCUUUUUUUCGUGGAAAAAUAAUUAACUUUCUGUCAUAGCGAUGACAUGUAGAAAUAAUGCUCGAUAUUUGCUCAAUUACUUUUUCAUCGUUAAGGUUAUAUAAAUGUAAAGAGGCCUUAGAAAACCAUUAAAAUGUAUAUACGCUUGUUAUUUUACUGUAUUGAUUGUCUGUUCAAAAACAAGUUGACAAUUAAAUUGUUAAGGUCAUCUUAUACCAAUGUCAAAACUUAAAAAACGUUCAUUUCGUUUCGCAUCAUUAAACAUUGUCUCUCUCAUUAAAAAAUGAUAAAUAUAGCUAGCUAUAUUUGAAUUAUAAUAUGAACUUUUCUCAACCUCAAAAAUUGACCUGUUCUUAUUAAAGUUUCAUUUAGUGGAUAAACAAAAAAUCAUGAGUGGUGACGAAGGUGAAGAUAGUAUUUAUGUUUAUCGUUCAACUCCUUUCGAUAUGGAAUCUCAGCAAGAAAUUAUUGGUGAACCAUCACAACUAAAUGAUGUAUAUGGUGUUUACAAUAAUACAAGUCUCUCAUCAGAGAGAAUGCGAACGGCGAAUACACCGAGACAAGCUGAUAUUAUGGUUCAUGCAACAAUGCCUGACUACUACAAGAAUCAAACAUUUGUGAAUGAACAAAACAUAAAUGAGAUUCAACAUCAUAAUAAUUGUAUUACUCCAGAUAUAUUUGAUAAAUCUGAACAGUUUGAAUCAAAACGAGUUCGUCGUCCAAGUAUUGUCAUUCGAGAAAAACAUUUUGCUAUUGCAUCUAGUUGUCCUGAUGAUGGUAAUGGAAAUCAAUGUCUGGAUUUGACCGUGACAACAGGAAAUAAUACAUCUAUUCCACUAAGUGCAUAUAAAAUCAAUUAUGAUCCACAACCACAUAUUAUUCGUAAGAAAGCAAAUGACGAUAUUGUUUAUAAACAGCAAAUUGCGGUUCGAUAUUUACAACCACCAACACCACCACCUAUGGCACCUCUUAUUAUCAGAGAGAUACGACAACCUGCAUUGCCCGCAUUACCUCCAGUUAUAAUACGACAACGUCCAGUAGCACCAAAAACGCCUCCGCCAUUAAUUAUUCGUGAGUAUCCACCACUUCCACCAAAAAUUGAACCAUCAAAAGUGAUUACAAAACAACUACCACCAGAACCACCUUUGCCUCGUACAGUUAUUCUCGAACGUUUACCUCAAUUACCAGCUAAACCUCCUCCAAUUAUUGUUGAACGUUGGCUACCAUAUAAACAGCAAAAGCGUCGCGUUUUAUAUGAAAAAGCUCCACCACUUCCACCAAUGGAAUCUCCUCGUAAUUUAAUUAUUCAAUGGGAUAGUCCACCUGUUCGAGUUUUAAAAGAAGUACGACCACUCGGUGUAUUAAGAACCGAUCCGAACAAGUAUGUUCAACAAUAUGGAGAAGAAAACUUAAAAUCAGCCGAUUCCCUACCACAAUAUAUACAAACACUGUUGAGAUCGUCGAAUGAAAAUAAUCAGGAUAAUGAAGAACAACAAGAGGAACAAAUGAUAUCACGAGAGAAUGGGGAUAACAAAUAUGAGGACAAUGUUGAACUUUUAUUGCAAAAUACCCAAAAAAUGACAAUAAAUAAUGAAUUUCAACUAAUGGCUCAAGACAAUGGUGAUGUUGCUGCUCAGCAAUCUAUGUUACACCAGAAAUAUUAUUAUCAACAACAAAAUGGAUCAUAUGCCACUAAUUUUAUUAAUCAAGCUUCGAACACCAAUGAUAUUCAGGUUUUCAGUAAUGGACAAUCAAAUUGGACACUCAAACAUCCAAAUGAAAAUAAUUGUAUAUCAACUAAUUCUUCAUUUACCUCAUGGCAAAAUAAUUGUCAACAACUGAUUAGUUGA